AUGAAUAUUUUAGAUUUCCAUAAUCAUGAUGCCAAAGAUCUUAGAAUUUUAAGUGAAUCACUUCUUGAGAAUUCUGACAAAAAUAAAGAUGAAAUAUGCCAACUAUUAGCAAAUGUAACUGACUUGAUAUGCAAAUACACUAACCCAAAUUCAUGUUGUGACAUAAAAGCAAAUGAGAUUUCUGAUCUCCAUGCAAUCAGAAAUAAAAUUUUGAAACAUCAAGCAAACUCAAAAAAGUCACUUGAAAUGACUGAAAAGAAACUAGUAGAGACUCUUAAUGACAAUGACAUUAUAGCCAGUAUUAAAGUGAGCAGUCCUGCAAAGAAAAAAUUUUUGGAAGAAGAGAUUCAACAAGAUGACGGGAAAACGGAAGAAUUUAAAGGCACGAAUUUUCCUCAUUCAAAUUUUGUUUUCAAAGUUUUCAAACAAAUUUUUGGCCUCAAAACUUUUCGCCAUAAUCAAUUACAAGCGAUAAACGCCGCCAUGCUGGAUUAUGAUUGCUUCGUGCUGAUGCCAACAGGUGGCGGUAAAAGCUUGUGUUAUCAAUUACCGGCCUUGAUUGCUGAUGGAGUAACUAUAGUUAUAGCACCCCUCAGGGCAUUGGUACAAGAUCAAGUGCAAAAACUUCAUUCUUUAGAUAUACCGGCUACAUUUUUAUUAGGGGAAAUGACCGUCAACCAACUUAACGAUAUAUACCAUAUCUUGUCAUUGAAGGAGCCCGGGGUCAAAUUGCUUUAUUGUACUCCUGAAAAGAUAAAUUGCAGCGAGAGGUUCAUGAACGUCUUGGAGAAUCUGUACACCCGAAAAUUGUUGUCGCGAUUUGUCAUCGACGAAGCUCAUUGCGUUAGUCAGUGGGGGCAUGAUUUUAGGCCGGAUUACAAAAAGUUGAACAUAUUACGCCAAAAGUUCCGAGAUGUGCCUAUUAUGGCUCUAACGGCAACCGCCACAUUUAGAGUGCGGAAAGAUAUUUUGCUUCAAUUAGGAUUAACCGACCCCAAAUGGUUUGUUCAAAGUUUCAACAGACCCACCUUAAAGUACCAAGUAUUGCAGAAGAAAGGCAGAAACAUCGUAUCUCAAAUAUGUCAAAUACUUUUGUCAUUUGACUCCUUAUCAGACCAAUCAGGAAUCAUAUAUUGUCUUUCAAGGAAUGAAUGCGAAAAUGUGGCCCAAAAGCUUCGCGAUGAGGGGUUUGCUGCUAUUGCCUAUCAUGCUGGAUUGGAAUCGAAAGAUAGAAAUGUCAUUCAAGAAGAAUGGCUAGCUGAUAAAUAUAAGAUCAUAUGUGCCACCAUAGCCUUCGGUAUGGGCAUAGACAAACCCGACGUUAGGUUUGUGAUGCAUUACAGCUUGCCCAAAUCUCUAGAGGGUUUUUACCAGGAAUCCGGUCGGGCUGGGAGAGAUGGGGAUACUGCACAAUGCAUGCUCUUUUAUUCUUACCAUGAUGCCACCAGGAUGAAGAGAAUGAUUCAAAGCGAAACAAACUCGGCCUACAAACAUAUCCACACGGAAAAUCUUAAUCGAGUCAUCGAAUUUUGCGAAAAUAAGACCGAUUGUCGGAGAGCCCAAUUAUUGGAAUAUUUCGGGGAAAAUUUUAACCGCGAGGAGUGCAGAAAAAAUAGGCUGACAGCUUGUGACAAUUGCAUUCACCAGGAAGAGUUUUUAAUCAAAGAUGUCACGGAAGAUGCUAGGGCCAUAGCGGAAACGGUAGGCGUGUUAUCUAAUAAAAGAAGGGUGAACGUUACUUUGACCCAAAUAGUGGAUAUUUUUAAAGGUUUCUCCACGAGUAAGAUAACGACCGAGGGCUAUCAAAAUUUGCCGAUGUAUGGCAAAGGCUCGAAUUACAAUCGCAACGACGCCGACAGAUUAGCAAGGAAACUUGUUUUGGAAGGAUUUCUACGUGAAAAAUUACAAGUUAGCAGUUAUGAACACGUCGUAUCGUAUGUGAACGCUGGUCCUAGAUAUUUAGAAUUGGUGUCUGGAAAUGUUAAAGUGGAAAUGGCUUUGCCCAAAAAAUUGGAAAAGAAAAUUCGAGCUAAAAAUAAAUGUGAAAAUAUUGUCACGGAAAAUAACGAUAUCAAGAAUAACCAAUUAGAUAUCCAAACAGCUUGUUUUAAAGAACUUUUGGAGCUCUGCAAAACUUUGGGCAAGGAACUCAAGACAUCUUAUAUCAAUAUAUUAUCUGCAGACGCUUUAAGAGAAAUGUCCAGAAUGUUGCCAACGACUAAAGAAGAAUUAAAGCAGAUCACUGGAAUGGGGGCCGGAAAACUCGCUAAAUUUGGCGGGAAAUUUUUGGAUGUAAUUCUAAGAUAUCAUCAAAAAUUGCAAGAAUACGAAAAACAAAAUACACUAAAAAAGAAUAAAAAUAUUUACACCAAUCCCACCACAAUCUCUCCUUAUUUCGAUUCCAGCAAACGCAUUUCUAAUAAAGAAUCAUGUUCUAAUGCACAGAGAAAGAAAAGUGUAAGAUCUGUUACCACGAAGAAAAGGUCCUCUGGAGAUGGCAUUGAUGCCAGGCCAAGUUCUAGUACAAAUAAGGGUUUUAAAAGAAAAUUUUCUAAGGGACCUACUUAUGGCUUCCAAAAAAAGAAGAAUUGGAAGAAAAUGCAAGGCAAAAAGUCAACGGCCAAUUCUCAUCUCAUGCCCUUUCCAAAUAAAUAAUUUCCACUAUAAUCUAUAUUUAUAUAAUUUAAAUUUUAAUAUAUUUAUGAAACGAAAUAAAAUAGUCUGAA